AUGAAGGAAACGGGAAACAGUUCAUCAAUGGUGUCCAAGAACGUGAUUGUAAUUGGCAUCGACUUAGGUACGACAUACAGUAGUGUUGGAUUUUGGAUCGGAGAAGAAUUAAAAAUCAGAAAGAUUCCAUCUUGCGUCGCAUUCACUGAUUAUGCAGAACCCGUAGUUGGUGAUGAAGCAUUGGUUGGAGUUGACAAGAAUCCAUCAAACACAGUUCUUGAUUUCAAGCGUCUAAUUGGGGCAAAAUUCUCAGAUAAUCGUACGAAACUAGACCUUUUUAACUCCCCAUUUGAAGUAAUUCCUGACCCAGUAAGCAAGAAUGAUCAACUUAGUGUCAUUGUUCGAUCAUUUAAUCGCCUAAAAACAGUCUCCGCUGAAGAGCUUUUGGGUAUGAUUUUAAAGAAAUUGAAACAAAUUGCAGAAAAAGGUUUAGGUCUUGAUAAUGGAGAUGUAAUUAUUAAUGCUGUGAUUAGCGUUCCGUCUUGUUAUAACAACGCUCAGAGAUUAGCAACCAAAGUAGCAGCAUCAAUUGCUGGGUUUGGGGCCUCACGUCUUGUUAAUGAAACUUCAGCAAUUGCACUUGCUUAUGGAUGGCUAAAGAAGAUGAAGAAAUCAAGAGAAGACCAGCAGCAGCAGGGUGUUGAAACAAGAACCCCUCAAAAAGAUGAAGAGAAUGUGUUGAUAUUUGAUCUUGGUGGAGGAACAUUGAGUGCUGCGGUUGUCAAUAUCAAAGAUGGGUGGAAUAGGUACAAAGUGAAAUCUGUAGCAGGUAAUACUCAUCUUGGUGGCAAAGAUUUCGAUGAUCUUUUAUAUCGACACUGUCAUCGCAUUCAGUUCAAUAAUUCAUCUGCACGUCUCAGAUCUAAGAGCAGUUUAAGGUUUGCAUGUGAAAAGGCUAAGAAAGAUCUAACUAAUCCAAAUGUUACAGAAACAGAAGUCAGUGUGCAUUUUUACUACGUUCGAUCUCCGAAAGAAUUUCUUCUAGUGCGUUUUCCUGUGACGCAACAUGUGUUUGAUACGGAAUGCAAGGAAUUGUUUGAUAAAUGUCAGGAAGCAAUUGUCCAGUGUCUUCAAAAUUCAGGGAUUUCUCAAUUUCAUCAAGUUAUUCUUGUUGGUGGAAGUACAAGAAUUCCGAGAAUUCGAGAAAUGUUGAGAGCGUUUUGUGGUGAUGAACGAGGGUUUUGUGAGCUUAUGGAGCCAGAUGCAGCUGUUGUUCAAGGAGCGGCGCUUCAAGCAGCAGUUUGGAGUGGUGGAGAAGCAUCGAGUAAUCUUCUACUGGAUGGCAUUUCGAUUACAGAUGUUGUGCCGAUAAGUUUAAAAACUUUAGCAAUGCCUAACUUGAUUCCGAGAAACACGGAGAUUCCAAUUGUUAGAAUACUUAGUCUCAAAACUGCAAGGAAUAAUCAACGUAGCUUCUGUUUUGGGGUUCAUGAAGGUGAAGAGGUAAUAGUGGAGGACAACAAUCUUAUCGGUCAUUUCAUCUUUGAUGGAAUUCAAGCAGCUGAAAUGGGAUUAACAAACAUUACAGUGUAUUUUUCUGUUGAUCGUAAUGGCAUUUUUAAUGUAACUGCUGCUGAGGAUGGAAGUCGUAGACGACAAUUAGCUAGGCGGGUGAUUAACAGAAUUCCAAGCCUGACGAGCUCAAUGAAUUUGAAAGAGAUAUGGAGAAUCCAGAACAGGAGGAAAGUAAGAGAAAGAAUCUAG